GCCAGCGAAAGAAAAACAAACACAGACCAAAGAGCAAAGUUCUAUAGGAAAAAAAAAAAGAAACAAAGAUUAGAAUUGAAGAUAUGGAAUUGCUCUUCAAAUCUGCUUUCUCUGUAGGGUUGCUCUUCUUAACCAGUUUCAUCCUCUAUCUCUUCAAUAGAUAUUGGGUGAGGCCUCAGAGGCUUCGAUCAAAGCUUCGUACCCAAGGUCUGAGAGGUCCUUCACCUUCAUUUCUUCUUGGUAACACUCCCGAUUUCAUCAAAUUCCAACCCAAAGACAUCAAAGCUCUUACUGAAGAUGGUGAAGUCGCACACGAUUGGGCUCGAUUCACCUUCCCAUUAUUCGACCAUUGGACUAAACAGUAUGGUCAAAGGUACAACUUUGCUUUGGGAACAUAUCAAGUGGUUUACAUUACUGAUCCACAUUUGGCCAAGGAAAUAAGCAUCUCCACAUCACUCAAGUUGGGAAAGCCUUUUUUCCUACAAAAGAAUUCUGAAACCUUGUUUGGUAAGGGCAUACUUACCUCAGAUGGAGAGUUCUGGGCUCACCAAAGAAAAACCAUAGCUCCUGAGUUCUAUGCCGAUAAAGUUAAGAAUUUGGUGCACAUAAUGUUAGACUCUGCAAACAAACUAAUCAACACAUGGGAGACUGAAAUAGAAAAACAAAGUGGGACAGCAAAUAUAAAGGCUGAUGAGGAUUUGCAUAGCUUUGCUUCUAUUGUCAUCUCUAAAACAUUGUUUGGGCAUAGCAAUUCCAAAGUGAUUAAUGAAUUGCAAUCAAGGUUCAAGCGUCUCGAAAGGGCCAUGAAAACUCCAAUCCUUGUCAGCGGCGUUCCUGGCUUGUGGUACAUUCCAACCAAGAGCAAUUUAGAGAAGUGGAGAUUGAAGAAAGAGAUACAUUCACUGAUUAUGAGUAUUGUAAACGAGCCUUCUUAUAAGGUAGACAUGCUACAAACGAUCAUCAAUGGAGCUAAGAUGAGUGCUUCUGGACUAGCUGCAGCAGAACAACUCAUAGUUGACAACUGUAAGAAUGUUUACCUAGCAGGGCUUGAAAGCACAUCAAACACUGCAGCCUGGACCUUGAUGUUGCUUGCAACGCAUCCAGAAUGGCAAGAUCGUGCCCGUGCAGAGGUUGCUGAAGUUUGUGGUGAAAGCUUGCCCAAUGCCACUAUGCUUGGCAAAAUGAAAGUGUUGACAUCAGUAAUUCAAGAAGCAUUAAGACUCUACCCUCCGGGACCCUUUAUAGCAAGAGAAACCCUAGAAGAUAUGAAGUUCGGAGACCUUGAAAUUCCAAAAGGUGUUGGCGUUUGGGUUGCUGUGAUGCCACUUCACCAUGACCCUGAACUCUGGGGUCCUGACCCAAGCAAAUUUAACCCAGAUAGGUUUGCUGAUGGCAUAGGAAGUGCUUGCAAAGUCCCUCAAGCAUAUAUUCCUUUUGGUAAUGGUCCCCAUAUCUGUGCUGGACAAUUAUUUGCGAUGCUGGAGCUAAAGGUUGUUCUAGUUCUCAUUCUCUCCAAAUUUUCCUUUUCCCUUGAUGCAAAUUAUGUCCACUCCCCAGUGAUGGAGAAUAUUAUACGACCAGGACAUGGAGUAAACCUUAUCAUGCAGAAGUUGACUAAGUGAAUCUUUGAGAAAUACUAAAGAAUCAUAUCUAAUGUUAUAUAAAGGAAUUGGGUGAUUAUGUGGUUUCUUGUAUAAUAUUUAGUUGUCGAGCGGACAAUGCAUGAGCAAGUCGAGUUAUGUAAUAAAGUAAAAGAAUGACUUUUAGUUCUUCCAUUUUCGUAAAAUUGUAAUAAGCUUGAAAAAAAUGCAUAACAAUGAAGUGUUUGUGAAAAGAGUUGUUUACUUUCAUCAUCUGUGUAGGUUAGGUUGCUUC